AUGACCGCCACAACACCUUCUUCUUCUACCAGGCCCUCGCCACCUAUUAACCAGAGAACUUUCUCUUCAUCCUCUGGAAAUAUCCCGAUCACCCCACAGUCCCGUCGUCAAAGUACUACUGCGAAACUUGUAUCCCUGCCUCUAAAAAAGUCAGACUCGUUUCUCAAACAAAAUGACAAAACAAAGAUGUCGGUGAUAAACUCAAUGCUCCAUCAAAGUCCUUCUCUGAACUCAGUAUUUUCGUUGAAUAGUGGCCUGGGUGCCACUCCUCCAGCCCCGUCUCUUUCGGCUUUGGGAGGCAACACUCAUAUCAUCCCUAACCGCAGUGGCACACCUUCGGACCUUGACAAUUUAGAUAUCCCGAACUUUGGGGUGGAUACCAGUGAUUUCGACUUGAUUAAUGAAGUGCACAAGCACUUGGUUGCAGAAAAUACUGGUCUACAUUUACCUGGUGGUGACAUGUCCCGAGAUUUGUACAAGUAUACCAAUAAUACUAAUGCCAUUGAUGCCAGUACUAACUCUAGUGCCAGCAGUGUGAGGAGUGGGGGCCAUCGCAUUAGACGUUCGUCUUCCUUUUCGUUUUCUGAAAGACGUGGAUCUCUGGCCAGUGGAUUGAACGUUCCAGGUGGGUUCAGAAGAGAGUUUAUUGUUAAGAGAAAAAGAGAAGAAUUUAAAAAAAUUAAUAAAGAUCCCGGAGAAGUCGAACUCCCACCGUUUUUGGCAAGAAAUUUCAUGGAAUUUUUGAGCAUUUAUGGGCAUUUUGCUGGUGAAUCACUUGAAGAUGAUGAUUAUCAAACUUGCACCUUGUCGAGCUCCAAGAUACUUGAUGAAGAAAACGCCCCAUUGUUGGGUGAUCGAGGUAGAUCAGACGAUUAUCGAUCUAUUGCGCAACCUUCAACUACCGUCACCCGUACUGCUACUCCGGUCAAAGCUUUCUUUUUGCUUUUGAAGAGUUUUGUGGGGACUGGCGUUCUUUUUCUUCCUAAAGCUUUCUAUAAUGGUGGUUUGCUCUUUUCAGUUUUUACUUUGAUGUUCUUUGCCAUUUAUUCAUUUUGGUGUUAUUAUAUUCUUGUGCGUACAAAAGAUGCCACAAGAGUCUCGUCCUUUGGUGAGAUGGGUACCCUUUUAUACGGUAAAACUAUGAAAUUCCUCAUCAUUUUCUCUAUUGUUUUAUCCCAACUCGGGUUUGUGGCGGCAUAUUUGGUUUUCACUUCUACAAAUUUGCAAGCAUUCCUUGUUAAUCUUUUCAACAUCAAGUUGGAAAUCCUUCAUUUGAUUAUUGCGCAAUGUUUUAUAUUUGUUCCUCUUUCACUUGUUAGAAAUAUUACUAAACUUUCCCUUAGUUCGCUCAUUGCCAACUUUUUCAUUUUCAUUGGCCUUGCAGUGAUUGUCUAUUACACAUUAGCUGAUCUUGCUGCAAAUGGACCGGCCCCUAUUGCUAAUUUUAACUCUAGCUCCUGGUCCCUUUUUAUUGGGGUUGCUAUCUUUGCUUUUGAAGGUAUUGGUCUUAUUAUUCCAAUCCAAGAGUCUAUGAUUGAACCUCACAAAUUCCCAAAAGUUUUGUUUGCGGUGAUCGUUACUGUGACGGUUCUCAUGCUUGUUAUUGGUCUGCUUUGUUAUUGGACUUACGGUGAUGCAACAAAUACUGUGAUCAUUCUUAAUCUUCCACAGGACCUGAUUCUCGUGAAUUCUGUGCAGCUUUUCUAUUCAGUGGCGAUUCUUCUUUCCGCUCCACUUCAACUCUUCCCAGUUAUCAAAAUCGUUGAAAAUAAGGUGUUUGGUAGAAGCUGCGGUGGGAAGAAGAGUUUGCGUAUCAAGUGGUGUAAAAAUGCCAUGCGUUCUAGUAUUGUGAUCACCUGUUGCAUUAUUGCCUAUUACGGUUCUGCUAACCUUGACAAGUUUGUCUCAUUUAUCGGUUGUUUUGCUUGUAUCCCAUUGGUUUACAUGUAUCCUCCAAUGUUGCAUUAUAAGGCUGUUAGUAAAACUAGACUUUCUCGAGCAUUUGAUGUGUUCUUGGUGAUUUUUGGUGGGUUUGCCAUGAUAUAUGUCAUGAUGCAACUUUUCGAUGGGAAUUGA